AGGUAGAAUUGCGGUAUCCAGACAUCAACAAUCAACCACGACUGUUUUUUCCCCCUCCCUCCGAGAAUCAUAAUCAACUGUCGAUAGUAUCUUCUUCUCUGUCAGGAUGGCGGACCCCAACACUAAACAGAUGUCACAGAAAAGUGCCAACAUUGCAGCUGGAGCAGUUGUGUGUGUAGAGAGUGAAAUUAGAGGAGAUGUGACCAUUGGUCCAAGAACUGUGGUCCACCCCAAAGCACGUAUUAUAGCUGAGGCAGGCCCUAUUAUCAUUGGAGAAGGCAACCUGAUUGAGGAACAGGCUCUCAUCAUUAACAGUUAUCCAGAAAAUAUUAUGCCUGACACUGAAGGAGUUGAACCCAAGACCAUGACGAUUGGAAUCAACAAUGUGUUUGAAGUCGGUUGUGUCUCUCAAGCAUUGAAAAUUGGUGACAACAAUGUCAUCGAGUCAAAAGCGGACCUAGGGAAGAACGUCAUUCUCACCAGUGGCUGUAUCGUCGGCGCUUGUUGCCAGGUGAAUACGUGUGAGGUCAUUCCCGAGAACACAGUCAUCUACGGGUCUAACUGCAUGAGGCGUGUGCAGACAGAAAGGCCUCAGCCUCAGACGCUCCAGCUAGAUUUCCUCAUGAAGAUCCUGCCCAACUACCAUCACAUGAAGAAGACUGUCAAAGGAACCUCCACCCCUGUCAGAAAUUAACCUCUGACUAACCAAAGAUCAGUGUUCCCUGACACUCACCAGACCUUAACAAUGAAAGGUGUAGAGACUAAAUUUAUCCUAGACCUGAUGUCCUAGACCUGAUGUCCUAGACCUGUUGUCCUACAGCUAUUGUCCUAGACCACGUAAGAAGUAGUUUCUCUCCUCUGAGGCAUGAGUGCACAUUCCUAGCUUUUCUCAAUUCCCAAGCAUAAGAGAGAGAGCCCAUAUGCAGCACUCCAUUGGGUCAUUAGCUAAACCAAUAGUAAUACAGUUCCUGGAUUUGUUUCUUAUUUGUCUAUCUUGCCCUUUUUAUUGUAUCAUUUUUUAAAUUGUCUGUUCAAAUGUCAUAUGUUGUUUUUCUGUCUUAAAUUUAGCAGAUUCAGUUAUGUUAAUGUAUAUUUUUCAGCUUUGGUUGUUGUGAAAUAAAAAGCUAUUUAAAAGAAACAGUA